CCCGAAUAACAUGCUCUCCUCUGUUGUCCUCCUCGCCUUGCUGCUCGCCCUCUCUCACUCUGGCUCUUGUUUUCCCAAGAUCCCCUACGCGUGCUCCAGUGAAGGACGUCCGUGGUGCGACACUCAUCGUCCACUUGAUGAGCGGAUCAACCUCCUCAUUGACGCCCUCCCCAAGCCUUCUCCCGUCACGGGCGUCCCAUCAGUCCUCCGCUUCAUGCUCACGGCUCGUGGUGCGGUUGGAGGAGGUGAAGACGACAAGAUCGGCCUCCCGCGCUACGACUGGGGAGCCAACUGUGUGCACGGCGUCCAGAGCAGAUGGUGAGCCGUGCAUAGAUCGCACAGGAGAUGGAUGGAUGCACGUGGUCAUUUCGCCAUGCAUCUGGUUUGGUCCUUGUGUGGGUGAAUGCAAUUGCAGUACUUCCGAUGGUUACUGCCCUACAAGCUUCCCGAAUCCUAUCGGCCUGGGAGCGUCAUUCGAUGAGCCGUCGUGGCGGAAGAUGGGCAACAUCAUCGGUCGGGAGUUGAGAGCGCUCUACAUGGCUGGUGUGGGCGAGAACAACCCGCAGAGCAUCCCCAAGAUCGGCCUCGACUGUUGGUCGCCCGUCAUCAACAUCGGCAGGGACCCCAGAUGGGUAAGUGGCGUGGGCAGGCUGGUCAGUCAGUCAGUCAGCCAGUGCGUGUAUGCAAGGAUGCAACAAUCUAAUUCCUCGUAUUGAGGCCAAGGGCCUCUGAAAAGAACUCUGUUACCCUUUGUCUGAGCUCAUACUCGACUGCUGCAUGAUUUGAUUUGUACAUUCAACACACAGUCAGCCUGUCGCCUGAUUUCCUCUUUCUUGUCUUUGUCUGUGUCCAUUGACAGGGGAGGAAUUCCGAGGUGCCAGGCGAAGACCCCUACCUCACCAGUCGCUUCGGCGUGGCCUAUACCCAAGGCAUGCAGAACGACCCAGCCGACCCGUCCCGCCUGCUGGCCAUCACGACCCUCAAACACUUCGCCGCCUACUCUCUGGAGGGCAAUCACGCCUUCCUCGGGCCCGUCAAUCGGCACAACUAUGACGCCAACGUGACCAAAUACGACCUCCUGGCAGACUACUUCCCCGCAUUCGAGGCAUCGGUCAGGGAGGGAGGCGCCAAGGGCAUCAUGUGCUCUUACAACGAGGUCAAUGGGGUGCCUGCGUGUGGCUCCUCUUACCUGCUGACGGAGGUGCUCCGAGAUCAGUGGGGGUUCGACGGCUAUGUGACAUCUGACUCUGGUGCUGUGCGUGACAUCUUCACACCCCACAACUACACCAAGAGCGACGCUGAGAGUGUCCAGCUGGCGCUGCGGGCGGGCUGCGACGUCAACAGCGGCAACAUUUACUUUGUGCACAUGUCAGAGGCCCUCAAGGCUCGACUGAUCAACACAGACGACAUCUACCGGGCCCUUCAUCGCACACUCAAGCUGCGCUUCCAGCUGGGCCUGUUUGACCCCAUUGAGGACCAACCCUUCUGGCAGAUUCCCCUCAGCGACGUGGGCAGCAACGCGACCCAGCAAUUCAACCUCCAGCUGACGGAAAGGACCUUCGUCCUUCUGCAGAACCCCAACACCAUCCUCCCGCUCGGCCCGCCGGCCGGCAAGGACAGGAAGAUCGCCGUCUUGGGGCCAUUUGUGGCGCGAAAGCAGGACAUCAUCGGCAGCUACCUCGGCCAGAUCUGCCCGGGCAGGUAUGGCGCCUUCAGCUGCAUGCUCAGUGUGGCGGAGGGCAUCGAGCAGCGCGCUAACUCGCUCGGCUGGUCUGUCGAGUCGAUGGAGGGCACUGGAGUGCAGCAUGGCGACCCGGCCGAGAUGCAGAAAGCUGCUGACAUGGCCGCGAGCGAUGAUGUGGACAUUGUCAUCGUCACUUUGGGCAUCACGAAGCAAAUCGAGAGCGAGAGCCGCGAUCGGAAGGAUGUCCUUCUGCCACAGACGCAGCUGACCUUCGUCCACACCGUGCUGGAGGCCGUGCAGCAGGCGAACAAGAGCAAGAGAGUGGUCGUUGUGCUGUUCGGCGGUGGCUCGAUCGAUGUGGGCUUCCUGACGGACCAAAACGUGGCUGUGGUAAUGGCCUGGUACCCAUCCUUUCUCGGCCCCCAGGCACUGGCGCGUGUCGUGUUCGGCGACACGAGCCCGUCCGGCAAGCUGCCCGUCACUUUCUACCGUGCCGCUGAUGUGGACAAGAUGGACUUCCUCUCGAUGCACCUCCACGAGGGCAGCGGUCGCACACACCGGUAUUACAAGGGCGACCCUCUGUGGCCCUUCGGCCACGGGCUCACCUACACACACUUCACCAUCGUCCUGAGUGGCCACACAGAGAAGAGCGGCAACACACUCGUGAUUCGCGGUGACGAGAAAACGGCCCAGCUGGCAGCGGACGUGACCAAUGACGGCGAGAGGGACGGGGAAGAGGUCAUCAUGGUAUUCUUCCGGAGGACUGACAGGCCCACUCGAGUGUUCCGGCAGCUGAUGUCCUUCCGUCGAGUCGCCAUCAAGAAGGGCGGGCGGGAGAGAGUCACAUUUAGUCUGACGAAAGAGGCCUUCAGGCUGUACUCACAUGUGGACGGGGCGGCGCUGCCCCUCGCCGGCCAAUACGAGGUGGAGGUCACAAAUGGUGUGGAUCAGAGGGCCGUGUGCAGUGUUACGAUCGAGCACAGCCAAGUGACAGACGAUGUGAUUGUGGCCAAGUAGAGUUAGUACGUGAGUUAGUUAGUUGGCCACAGUGUUUUUUGUCGUCAGUGAUGUUUUUUCCUCAAUUUUCUGCGUGGAGGGGCUGGUGGAUACCGUCUGUGUCGGCCAGGGGGGAUUGGUUGCUCAGUGGUUGUUGCCGCAAAGGUGGACGUACAGUGCAUGUAUGUCGAUUUCAUUGUGUGUCUCCUACGAUUACUGGUGUGUCUCUGAGCAAAAAUGUGAAAAACAUCGUUGAAGCAGAUGGUCGUUU